AUGGCAGCGCACCUGCUCGAGAUCGACGCGUCCGAGGCUUGCCGAUCCGGCCCUCGCCUCUGCUGCCGCAGCAGAGCGCCGCACACGCGCCUGGCGCAGCUGAAUCCGCAGACGCUCUCCUUCCAGGACUUCGGCUCGAGCGGCGGCGCAGGCGCGUCGUCGGCGAGCCCGAGCGCGACCGCGGGCGGGAUGGGCGGCGCCAUCGGCAGCGGCAUGCUCAAGCCGCAGUCGCUGGAGCAGAUGCAGGACGUGGAGGGGCAGCCGGGCUCGAGCGGCUUCUGGACGCUGAGGUACUACCAGCCGCUCUUCGACAUUGACACCAUCCAGGGUUCCAACUUUUUCCGGGGCCUGGUGCUCAACCGGAUCAAGGGCUCGCUGCUGCCGCGACCGCGCGGCGUCUUCUUUGACCUCAUCUCCGCGAAUCCCGACCUGUGGGGCCCGUUUUGGAUCGCGACGACCCUCAUCUUUGCCAUGGCGCACCUGAGCGACUGCUUCCCGUACGGCGAGGGCGCGCCCGAGCCUAGAUGCACAUGCGACGCAAAGCGGAAGAUGGCGACGCUGCUCGGCGGGAUGGCGGCCUGCCACUUUGUGCUGCUGCUGCUAUUCAAGCUCUACUUCUUCCACUACGCCUGA